AUGGGGGACCAACAGUGCGAAACUGUUUUAGGAGCAAUGGGGGACCAACAGUGCGAAACUGUUUUAGGAGCAACGGGGGACCAACAGUGCGAAAUUGUUUUAGGAGCAAUGGGGGACCAACAGUGCGAAACUGUUUUAGGAGCAAUGGGGGACCAACAGUGCGAAACUGUUUUAGGAGCAACGGGGUGCCAACAGUGCGAAACUGUUUUAGGAGCAAUGGGGGAUCAAAAGUGCGAAACUGUUUUAGGAGCAAUGGGGGACCAACAGUGCGAAACUGUUUUAGGAGCAACGGGGUACCAACAGUGCGAAACUGUUUUAGGAGCAACGGGGGACCAACAGUUCGAAACUGUUUUAGGAGCAAUGGGGGACCAACAGUAUGAAACUGUUUUAGGAGCAAUGGGGGACCAACAGUGCGAAACUGUUUUAGGAGCAAAGGGGUACCAACAGUGCAAAACUGUUUUAGGAGCAAUGGGGGACCAACAGUGCGAAACUGUUUUAGGAGCAAUGGGGGACCAACAGUGCGAAACUGUUUUAGGAGCAACGGGGUACCAACAGAGCGAAACUGUUUUAGGAGCAAUGGGGGACCAACAGUGCGAAACUGUUUUAGGUGCAAUGGGGGACCAACAGUGCGAAACUGUUUUAGGAGCAACGGGGGACCAACAGUAUGAAACUGUUUUAGGAGCAAUGGGGGACCAACAGUGCGAAACUGUUUUAGGAGCAAUGGGGUACCAACAGUGUGAAACUGUUUUUGGAGCAACGGGGACCAACAGUGCGAAACUGUUUUAG